AUGGUGCCUGCGCCGCCAAACAGCCAAGUCGCCCCUCUACCCACAGACCUACCGUUCCGACUCGUCAGUAAGACCAUCGGACAAGGCGCAUAUGCAUCUAUUCGCAAAGCCAUUCCUAUAAACGCUCCCAAACCCGUCAUCGCCAUCAAGUUCAUAAACAAAGAACAUGCCUUCCGUACCGGUCGCCUCACCCCGAAGCAGAUCAAGAUGGAAAUAGUCUUGCACACCCAUCUCGGCAAACAUCACAACAUCAUCCACUGUCUGGGCUCAGGUGAAGACCCGCUCUGGACGUGGAUAGCCAUGGAAUUGGCCGAGGGUGGCGACCUUUUUGACAAGAUUGAGGCCGACGAAGGUGUAGGAGAGGAUAUUGCACACCUUUACUUCUCGCAGCUCGUGAGCGCUGUGGCGUAUAUGCACAGCAUGGGUGUGGCCCAUCGAGACAUCAAGCCCGAGAAUGUGUUGUUGAGUGCAGAGGGAGACCUGAAGUUGAGUGACUUUGGAUUGGCAGCAUUGUUCAAGAAGGACGGGCAGUUGCGACUUUGCAACACCGUAUGCGGUUCUCCGCCUUACAUUGCGCCAGAGAUUGUCAGCGGGAGGCGAAGCAAGAGGGCAGAUGUGCUAGACGUCGGAUACGCAGCGAACAUCUGCGAUAUCUGGAGUUGCGGCGUCGUUCUCUUUGUACUCCUCGUCGGCAACACGCCAUGGGACGAACCCACGACUCGGUCAGAAGAGUUCAAGGAAUUCGCUGAGUCGGGAGGCCACACUACUGAUGAGCUCUGGGCCAAACUUCCCCCCUCCAUCGUAAGCUUGCUACGCGGCAUGCUGAAGAUCGACCCACAAGAGCGCUUCACACUGGACGAAGUACGCACCCAUCCAUGGUUUACACGCAAGAAUCCAUACUUGACACCAAGCGGACGCAACGCAAACCCAGUCGGACUUGCAACUCAAAUGCUAUCUCAACUUCGCAUCGACUUCACACGGCCACCCACCCAAUCCCAACGCGGCUUCUCACAAGAUAGCAACGGUAGCGAUGCCAUGGACAUUGACGGCGACACAUCACCCCGCCGCAGCAGCGCCAUCCACAUCCUCGCCUCCACCCAACCCGAGACCCCAACCGCAGACACGCCUUUUGACUGGGAACGUCCACCCCGUCUCCCCAGCCAUGAUGGCGUAUCUGCUUCCCAGCCUGAAAACCAUCUCACCCGUCGCGUUCAAAUCGGUACCACACCAUUCAUGUCGCAGCUCCCGUCUUCAACCCAGGAUAUGCUCUCCCAAGACCCCAGCAUGACGCAAUUUAGCUCCACACCUGGCGUUCCUCUCACCUUCACGCAAGCCGCUCGUAAAUUCGCGGAUAUACUUCCUUCGUACUCGAUGGCGCGCUUCAUUUCGCCUCAUCCCCUGACGAACUUGCUUCCUCUCCUCCUCGCUGCACUGCACCGUCUCGGUGUUCCGGCUCCAUCGCUGCCGGCUCAGCACGUUGAGGAAGCAGAGCGCACGGGAAGUAUGAGCAUUAGAGUUAAGAUGGCAGAUGGGCGUCGACAGGGUCUCAAUGGCCAUAUCGUGGUAGAGAAGGCCGUGUACGAGGGUGCCGAGUACUGGGAGGUAAGGUUUGUGAAGGCUAGUGGAGAUCCGUUGGAGUGGAGGCGGUUCUUCAAGAAUGUUGUGCUUUGUGUGGGAGACUUGGUAUUGAGGCCCAAUUAG